AUGGAGAAUUUUAUCACCACAACCAACACUAGUACUGCCAUCCAACAACAAAACAGUUCCAUACUACUGUUACAAGCCGAGAGUAAGUUCAUGGAAAAUCAGAUAAGCCAACUUUCUCAUCAAGUUGGUCAAUCCUUAAAGACACCGGGGACUUUUCCGGGUCAGAUAGAGCAACCACAUAAAGGGCAUAUGAAUGUUGUUACUUUAAGGAGUGGAAAGCAGUUGGAAGAUCCUCCUACCAAGGAGCCAUCAAAGGCGGUCAUUGAAGAAGAGGGUGAAGGCGAGAAGGUGAUCGAUAGUGCGAAGGUCGAGGAGGAACCAAAGGAAGCAACUCCACAACCUCUUGCUCCAUAUGUGCCUAAGGUUCCUUUUCCACAAAGGUUAGCCCAAGCUAAGCUUGAGAAAAAGUAUGGUAAAUUUCUUGAUAUCUUAAACAAGCUUCAUAUUAAUAUUCCGUUCUUAGAUGCUAUAUCCAAGAUGCCUUCUUAUGCUAAAUUUUUAAAGGAUAUGCUUUAUAACAAGAAAAAGUUAGAAGAGAAUGCUACAGUUGCUUUGACUGUAGAGUGUAGUGCUAUUUUGCAGAAUACUCUGCCUAAGAAAUUAGGUGAUCCAGGUAGCUAUACAAUUCCAGUGAAGUUUGGAGAUAUUGAAAUUAACAGGGCACUAUGUGGUCUUUGUGCAAGUGUGAGUCUCAUGCCACUGUCCAUCUGUAAGAAGCUGCAAAUGGGUGAACUCAAACCCACACGCAUAUCCUUGCAACUUUCAGACAGGUCAGUCAAAUUUCCUUUGGGUGUACUUGAGGAUGUGCCUCUUCGUGUAGGUAAGUUUUUCAUUCCUUGUGAUUUUGUUGUGAUGGAAAUGGAGGAAGAUGCGAAUGUCCCUAUUAUUCUUGGUAGACCUUUCCUAGCUACUGCAGGUGCAAUCAUAGACAUGAAAAAUGGUAAGAUCACCUUUGAAGUUGGCGAUGAAAAAUUGGAAUACUCACUUUUGAAUGCUAUGGGUACUCCCUCAAUGGGAGAAACUAUCUGUCAGGUAGAUGUGCUUGAUGAGUUGCAGAGUGAGCAACUUCCUUUGAGCAAACCAGAUGAUGCACUUGAAACAAUUCUAGUAGGGAAGUAUGAUGAUGGAGAUUGGGAACCAAGGGAGUAUGUUAGGCUACUUGAAGAAGCAAAGGCCAACCCAAUCGCUAAUCCAAUUAGAGAAAUACUUAGUGUAGUGAGUAUUGGGGAGAGUACUACGCCUCUCGAGGUAGAGUUGAAACCUCUCCCUUCUAAUUUGAAACAUGCAUAUCUUGGUCCUAAUAAUUCAUACUCUGUUAUUGUUAAUGCUGAACUCAAGGACACAGAAUUGGAGCAAUUGCUUAAUGUUUUAAAAACGUAUAAAAGUGUAAUUGGGUACACCAUUGAUGAUAUUAAGGGUAUUUAUCCUUCUUUCUGUAUGCAUAAAAUUAUUCUUGAGAACGACCAUGCUUCCUCUAUAGAACCUCAAAGAAGGCUUAAUCCCAAUAUGAUGGAGGAAAAGACUACAUUCACAUGUCCAUAUGGCACCUUUGCAUAUCGCAGGAUGCCAUUCGGAUUAUGCAAUGCUCCAGCCGCUUUUCAACGUUGUAUGAUGGCUAUUUUUUCCGGUCUUAUAGAAAAUUCUAUGGAGGUAUUUAUGGAUGAUUUUUCUGUCUAUGGAACAUCUUUCGAUGGAAUUGUCUUAGGUCAUGUUGUAUCAAAUAAGGGUAUUGAGGUUGAUAAGGCUAAGAUAGAGGUCAUAGAGCAUUUACCCCCUCCGAAUUCUGUAAAAGGAGUUCGAAUUGACCUUUGCCAUGCAGGUUUUUACCGUCGUUUUAUUAAGGAUUUUUCGAAAAUUGCUCGACCUCUAACUGAGCUUUUAGCUAAGGAUGUUCCUUUUGUUUUCACUGAUGCUUAUCUUAAGGCUUUCAACAGGUUGAAGGAAGCUUUGAUCUAUGCUCCUAUCAUGCAACCCCCAGAUUGGAGCCUGCCGUUUGAAAUCAUGUGUGAUGCUAGUAACUAUGCAGUAGGAGCCGUUUUGGGGCAAAGAAAGGAUAAAAAGCUUCAUGCUAUUUACUAUGCUAGCAAAACUCUUAGCUCUACUCAAAUGAAUUAUGCUACAACUGAAAAAGAGAUGCUAGCUGUAAUUUAUGCAAUUGACAAGUUUCAUUCUUAUUUGGAUUAUGAUAUAGAGAUUAAGGAGACAGAGAAUGUUGUCGCGGACCAUCUCUCCCGCCUUAUCCUCGACCCUGAGGAUGGGGACGAUAUUCCUUUUGAUGAUUCUUUCCCUGCCAAACAUCUAUUAGCUUCACUGCAAACUGAAUCACCUUGGUAUGCUGACUUGGCUAAUUUCCUUUCCACAGGUACAAUGCCUCAUGGCUACUUCUCUCAACAAAGGAAGAAAUUCCUUCACGAGGCAAGGAGAUAUUUUAGGGAUGAUCUGUUCUUGUACAAGAAAUGCGCAGACACUAUGAUUCGAAGAUGCAUUUCAGAAAACGAGGUAAAUCACAUUAUUUUCAUUGCCAUGACUUACCAUGUGGUGGACAUGCAGGCCCUUCGAAGACAAUUGCAAAGAUCUUGCAAUGUGGAUUUUAUUGGCCAAUAA